AUGGUGAAGCAUCCGAAUCUUAGAAUACAGCUAGCACACUCGAAGCACAUACCCAUGCUUAACAAUGGGAUAAGUGAUAACUAUAUGGAUUUGGAAGCAGAUGGCGUUCCUACACCUGCCUCAUUAUACCCACCUACACCGUUGAAAGAAAAGCACAAGCUGAGCUGGACGGAUUUGGGAUUUAGGACAAGCGGCAAGAAAGCAAAGACCAUCCUAUCUGAACAAAACGGAGUUGUUUAUUCCGGUGAAAUGAUGGCUGUAUUGGGACCUUCGGGAGCAGGUAAAUCCACCUUCUUAGAUGUUAUCAGCAAGAAAGCCAAAGGAUCUUCUGGCACUGUUAUAUCUUUUGACGAAGAUUCGAAAUUCAACAUGAGAGAUUUGGCACAAUACGUUGAGCAAGACGAUGCUCUUAUUGGCGUUCUUACCGUUCGAGAGACUGUUGUCUUCGCGGCAAAAUUGAGCUUGCCAAAAAGUAUUUCAAAGGCCGAAAUGCUAAAGAGAGUUGAUCUUACAAUGGAAUCGUUGGGCAUAUCCGAGAUAGCCAACAUGAGAGUAGGAUCACCCAUCCAACGUGGAAUAUCAGGUGGUCAAAAGAGGAGAGUGACUAUAGCAUGUGCAGUCGUUUCACAUCCACGUAUACUAUUCUUAGACGAACCAACGUCUGGACUGGAUAGUCAGACAUCACAAGAAGUGAUGCAAUCAAUCAAAAAGCUGGCAGUUGAGCAAGGUAUUAUAGUACUUUGCACGAUUCACCAACCUAAAUGGGAGAUAUUUCAAAUGUUUGACCAGUGUUUGCUGCUCGCACAGGGGCAGACAAUGUAUCAAGCACCUACACUCGACCUCAUCAACUACUUUGACUUUCUCGGUAAACCCUGCCCUGCAUACACCAAUCCAGCAGAUCAUGCAAUUACACUAGUAAAUACGGAUUUCUCAAACAAGUCAUCGGGAUUCGAUAGCGAGAAUUACUUGAAUGGAUUGUCACAGAAAUGGAAGCUUUAUUCACGGAAUGGAUCAAUUAGCUCGAGUUUCAAGGAAGAUUAUUUGGAUUCGCAUGCGACACCAGCGGAAUCAUUUACUUCUAAGUCAAAUUCUGGUUCGGGCCUUGCAUUAAAAUCUUCAAAAACAAAUUUUUCCGACUGGUGCUAUAAAGUAGCGGUAUUGUGUCAUAGAUCACAGCUCAACAGUCAACGUAAUCUUCUGGCUUUGGCUGCACCUUGGAACAAGUUCAGACAAAAUGAACGAAAGAUUGUCGGUACACUCGUUUGCUGUGACAUUCAUUUCAUUUAUGAGUGUCAGUGGGAUACCAUCCUUUUUAGAAGAAAGGAUGGUUUACGUUAG